AUCUUUUCAUUUUGAGACCAUUUCCUGUAAAAUAAAAACUUCCUCUUUAAGAUAAAAUAAGAUGCAGCUACACACUCGCAAACCGUUCAUAUUCAGUACACAAGGAGCAGAGAGCACAAUACAAGCAGAGUGACAAAACUGAAACAAGAUAAAUUCAUGGAGACUGUCAUACUGACCUUUGUGCUUUGCCUCAUGGCCCCUACGGCUUCGGCAGAGAGCCAACCAAUUGAAUUAAGCAUAAUGAGCCAAACCAUUGACGAUAUGUUCGCGGGCUGCAACGAGAAGAUGGCUACCAAAGUCCAAGAAGUUUACUUCCCUAGAGAGAUCCAGAACUCUCCAUUUCAAAAUGCCUGGAAUCUGGCCGAACCGUGCGCUGAAACCAACUUAGACAAGCUCCCAGCUGAACACAAGGAGCUAACAAAAGAAAAUCUGCAAGCGAUAUGCGCCUACACCGAUGCUUCAACAAAACUGUACUCACAACUCAAUAGAGAACUCAGAAACGGAGCCACGAUGUACGAUACUCCCGCAUUUCAGUACCACACUUUGUACUUCUGGCUAACUUCUGCUUUACAGAUUCUUCAGAGAGCCUGUGAAACAACAUACAGAAGAACCCGUAGUGUUUAUGAUGGAAAAAUCGGCACCACAAUUCGUUUUGGUUACUUUGCGUCAACUUCGCGCAACCCAAACGUGGUAGAAUAUGGCGAAGAGAGCUGUUUUCAUAUUAAAACCUGCUACGGCGCGUACAUUGGUGACUACUCGGUGGUGCCAAGUGAGGAGGAAGUGCUGGUGCCCACCUACGAGAAGUUUCGAAUCGUCGAUAUUGUGUCAGACUCCUAUGGGGAGCUAAAGUGUAAAAAGAUAUUUGUACUGGAGAGUGAAGGGUACAGCACUAAUCUCAACUGUAAUCAGGGACGGACUGGCAGUCUGUGCCAAUGGCCGUUCUAACAGCAGAGGGUGCCUAACAGAAUAAUUUGCCCAUUUGUCAAGCAUAAAUUGCAUUGGCCUAAAUGGUUGGAUGCAUAGACUGUAUAUAUAUCUAAAUGGAUGUAGCUAAUAUUGGAAUAUUGUGGCUCUCUCUCUGUAACUGCUGCUGUGAGCCUUUUCAUUUUGGUCUUAAAAUGUUCAUCUUAACCUGCUCUACAUGAUCCUGGUGUUUUUUUCUCGCUAUUUAGUCUGUCAAAAAGUCCUAUUCAUAUAAUAUUGAGCGUGGCUUCAGAUUCGCUCCUGUAACCGUGAGCAUCGCAAGCUUCAUCUGAGUGGAACUGAACGCUGUGGGUGACGUCACACUCGCUUAGCUGACUUCUUUAUACAGUCUGUGUUUGGAUGGUCAUUGAGCCAUUUGGGAAUUGUCACAAAUUGAACAAACAACUGUGAAAGUAUUUUUGUGAGACUGCCUUCCUCAUAUUAUAUAGCAUAUGAAAAAUGUGAAAUUAUUAAUGUUUAAAUUUACUGACAGAUUUAAUUUAUAAUGUUGUUACCUCAUCAAAAAUAAACCUGGAGUUGUGUUUUGUUUUAUUCACA